CCGCCACAGCCGCUGCUGCCGCAGCAUCGGCAUCGCAGACGCGCUCGGGCGGCGGGUCCGAGGCCGGCGUGCGCGGAGGCUGGGCGGGCAGCCCGAGCGGUGGCCGCAGCGCAGGAUUCUACAUUUGGAGGACAAAUAGAGGAACUUGCAUGGCAGAAAUCAUCGACCUCCAGAGCACCCAAAAGCCUCUGACAUUGCCCCCACUCCCAACUCCCGCCCCAAGCCGCCCACCAGCCCCCUUCCCCUCCGGCCGGAGCCUGAACCGAGCCCGGCUGGCUGUGCUGCGCGGUGCCGCCGGGAAAGAUGGUCGUGGCGCUGCGGUACGUGUGGCCUCUCCUCCUCUGCAGCCCCUGCCUCCUUAUCCAGAUCCCCGAGGAAUAUGAAGGACACCAUGUGAUGGAGCCACCUGUCAUCACGGAACAGUCUCCACGGCGCCUGGUUGUCUUCCCCACAGAUGACAUCAGCCUCAAGUGUGAGGCCAGUGGCAAGCCCGAAGUGCAGUUCCGCUGGACGAGGGAUGGCGUCCACUUCAAACCCAAGGAAGAGCUGGGUGUGACCGUGUACCAGUCGCCCCACUCUGGCUCCUUCACCAUCACGGGCAACAACAGCAACUUUGCCCAGAGGUUCCAGGGCAUCUACCGCUGCUUUGCCAGCAAUAAGCUGGGCACCGCCAUGUCCCAUGAGAUCCGGCUCAUGGCCGAGGGUGCCCCCAAGUGGCCAAAGGAGACAGUGAAGCCCGUGGAGGUGGAGGAAGGGGAGUCAGUGGUUCUGCCUUGCAACCCUCCCCCAAGUGCAGAGCCUCUCCGGAUCUACUGGAUGAACAGCAAGAUCUUGCACAUCAAGCAGGACGAGCGGGUGACGAUGGGCCAGAACGGCAACCUCUACUUUGCCAAUGUGCUCACCUCCGACAACCACUCAGACUACAUCUGCCACGCCCACUUCCCAGGCACCAGGACCAUCAUUCAGAAGGAACCCAUUGACCUCCGGGUCAAGGCCACCAACAGCAUGAUUGACAGGAAGCCGCGCCUGCUCUUCCCCACCAACUCCAGCAGCCACCUGGUGGCCUUGCAGGGGCAGCCAUUGGUCCUGGAGUGCAUCGCCGAGGGCUUUCCCACGCCCACCAUCAAAUGGCUGCGCCCCAGUGGCCCCAUGCCAGCCGACCGUGUCACCUACCAGAACCACAACAAGACCCUGCAGCUGCUGAAAGUGGGCGAGGAGGAUGAUGGCGAGUACCGCUGCCUGGCCGAGAACUCACUGGGCAGUGCCCGGCAUGCGUACUAUGUCACCGUGGAGGCUGCCCCAUACUGGCUGCACAAGCCCCAGAGCCAUCUAUAUGGGCCAGGAGAGACUGCCCGCCUGGACUGCCAAGUCCAGGGCAGGCCCCAACCAGAGGUCACCUGGAGAAUCAACGGGAUCCCUGUGGAGGAGCUGGCCAAAGACCAGAAGUACCGGAUUCAGCGUGGCGCCCUGAUCCUGAGCAACGUGCAGCCCAGUGACACAAUGGUGACCCAAUGUGAGGCCCGCAACCGGCACGGGCUCUUGCUGGCCAAUGCCUACAUCUACGUUGUCCAGCUGCCAGCCAAGAUCCUGACUGCGGACAAUCAGACGUACAUGGCUGUCCAGGGCAGCACUGCUUACCUUCUGUGCAAGGCCUUCGGAGCGCCUGUGCCCAGUGUUCAGUGGCUGGACGAGGAUGGGACAACAGUGCUUCAGGACGAACGCUUCUUCCCCUAUGCCAAUGGGACCCUGGGCAUUCGAGACCUCCAGGCCAAUGACACCGGACGCUACUUCUGCCUGGCUGCCAAUGACCAAAACAACGUGACCAUCGUGGCUAACCUGAAGGUUAAAGAUGCAACUCAGAUCACUCAGGGGCCCCGCAGCGCAAUCGAGAAGAAAGGUUCGAGGGUGACCUUCACGUGCCAGGCCUCCUUUGACCCCUCCUUGCAGCCCAGCAUCACCUGGCGUGGGGAUGGUCGAGACCUCCAGGAGCUUGGGGACAGUGACAAGUACUUCAUAGAGGAUGGGCGCCUGGUCAUCCACAGCCUGGACUACAGCGACCAGGGCAACUACAGCUGCGUGGCCAGUACCGAACUGGAUGUGGUGGAGAGUAGGGCACAGCUCUUGGUGGUGGGGAGCCCUGGGCCGGUGCCACGGCUGGUGCUGUCCGACCUGCACCUGCUGACGCAGAGCCAGGUGCGCGUGUCCUGGAGUCCUGCAGAAGACCACAAUGCCCCCAUUGAGAAAUAUGACAUUGAAUUUGAGGACAAGGAAAUGGCGCCUGAAAAAUGGUACAGUCUGGGCAAGGUUCCAGGGAACCAGACCUCUACCACCCUCAAGCUGUCGCCCUAUGUCCACUACACCUUUAGGGUUACUGCCAUAAACAAAUAUGGCCCCGGGGAGCCCAGCCCGGUCUCUGAGACUGUGGUCACACCUGAGGCAGCCCCAGAGAAGAACCCUGUGGAUGUGAAGGGGGAAGGAAAUGAGACCACCAAUAUGGUCAUCACGUGGAAGCCGCUCCGGUGGAUGGACUGGAACGCCCCCCAGGUUCAGUACCGCGUGCAGUGGCGCCCUCAGGGGACACGAGGGCCCUGGCAGGAGCAGAUUGUCAGCGACCCCUUCCUGGUGGUGUCCAACACGUCCACCUUCGUGCCCUAUGAGAUCAAAGUCCAGGCCGUCAACAGCCAGGGCAAGGGACCAGAGCCCCAGGUCACCAUCGGCUACUCUGGAGAGGACUACCCCCAGGCAAUCCCUGAGCUGGAAGGCAUUGAAAUCCUCAACUCAAGUGCCGUGCUGGUCAAGUGGCGGCCGGUGGACCUGGCCCAGGUCAAGGGCCACCUCCGCGGAUACAAUGUGACGUACUGGAGGGAGGGCAGUCAGAGGAAGCACAGCAAGAGACAUAUCCACAAAGACCAUGUGGUGGUGCCCGCCAACACCACCAGUGUCAUCCUCAGUGGCUUGCGGCCCUAUAGCUCCUACCACCUGGAGGUGCAGGCCUUUAACGGGCGAGGAUCGGGGCCCGCCAGCGAGUUCACCUUCAGCACCCCAGAGGGAGUGCCUGGCCACCCCGAGGCGUUGCACCUGGAGUGCCAGUCGAACACCAGCCUGCUGCUGCGCUGGCAGCCCCCACUCAGCCACAACGGCGUGCUCACCGGCUACGUGCUCUCCUACCACCCCCUGGAUGAGGGGGGCAAGGGGCAACUGUCCUUCAACCUUCGGGACCCCGAACUUCGGACACACAACCUGACCGAUCUCAGCCCCCACCUGCGGUACCGCUUCCAGCUUCAGGCCACCACCAAAGAGGGCCCUGGUGAAGCCAUCGUACGGGAAGGAGGCACUAUGGCCUUGUCUGGGAUCUCAGAUUUUGGCAACAUCUCAGCCACAGCGGGUGAAAACUACAGUGUCGUCUCCUGGGUCCCCAAGGAGGGCCAGUGCAACUUCAGGUUCCAUAUCUUGUUCAAAGCCUUGGGAGAAGAGAAGGGUGGGGCUUCCCUCUCGCCACAGUAUGUCAGCUACAACCAGAGCUCCUACACGCAGUGGGACCUGCAGCCUGACACUGACUACGAGAUCCACUUGUUUAAGGAGAGGAUGUUCCGGCACCAAAUGGCUGUGAAGACCAAUGGCACAGGCCGCGUGAGGCUCCCUCCUGCUGGCUUCGCCACUGAGGGCUGGUUCAUCGGCUUUGUGAGUGCCAUCAUCCUCCUGUUCCUCGUCCUGCUCAUCCUCUGCUUCAUCAAGCGCAGCAAGGGCGGCAAAUACUCAGUGAAGGAUAAGGAGGACACCCAGGUGGACUCUGAGGCCCGACCGAUGAAAGAUGAGACCUUCGGCGAGUACAGUGACAACGAGGAGAAGGCCUUUGGCAGCAGCCAGCCAUCACUCAACGGGGACAUCAAGCCCCUGGGCAGUGACGACAGCCUGGCCGAUUAUGGGGGCAGCGUGGAUGUUCAGUUCAACGAAGAUGGUUCGUUCAUUGGCCAGUACAGUGGCAAGAAGGAGAAGGAGGCGGCAGGGGGCAAUGACAGCUCAGGGGCCACCUCCCCCAUCAACCCUGCCGUGGCCCUAGAAUAGUGGAGUCCAGGACAGGAGAUGCUGUGCCCCUGGCCUUGGGAUCCAGGCCCCUCCCUCUCCAGCAGGCCCAUGGGAGGCUGGAGUUGGGGCAGAGGAGAACUUGCUGCCUCGGAUCCCCUUCCCACCACCCGGUCCCCACUUUAUUGCCAAAACCCAGCUGCACCCCUUCCUGGGCACACGCUGCUCUGCCCCAGCUUGGGCAGAUCUCCCACAUGCCAGGGGCCUUUGGGUGCUGUUUUGCCAGCCCAUUUGGGCAGAGAGGCUGUGGUUUGGGGGAGAAGAAGUAGGGGUGGCCCAAAAGGGUCUCCGAAAUGCUGUCUUUCUUGCUCCCUGACUGGGGGCAGACAUGGUGGGGUCUCCUCAGGACCAGGGUUGGCACCUUCCCCCUCCCCUAGCCACUCCCCAGCCAGCCUGGCUGGGACUGGGAACAGAACUCGGUGUCCCCACCAUCUGCUGUCUUUUCUUUGCCAUCUCUGCUCCAACCGGGAUGGGAGCCGGGCAAACUGGCCGCGGGGGCAGGGGAGGCCAUCUGGAGAGCCCAGAGAGUCCCCCCACUCCCAGCAUCGCACUCUGGCAGCACUGCCUCUUCCCGCCGCCCAGCCCACCCCACGGCCGGCUUUCAGGAGCUCCAUACACACGCUGCCUUCGGUACCCACCAGACAACAUCCAAGUGGCCUCCGUCACUACCUGGCUGCGGGGCGGGCACACCUCCUCCCACUGCCCACCGGCCAGCCUCUUCCAGCCGCCCCCACCCCCCAGGACCCCUUAGCAGCCCUGCCCUCCCUAUCGUCUGAGCAGUUGUCUUCCUCAGCCCCCUCCCGCCCCCACCUUGGGAAUGUAAAUACACCGUGACUUUGAAAGUUUGUACCCCUGUCCUUCCCUUUAUGCCACUAGUGUGUAGGCAGAUGUCUGAGUCCCUAGGUGGUUUCUAGGAUUGAUAGCAAUUAGCUUUGACGAACCCAUCCCAGGAAAAAUAAAAACAGACAAAAAAAAAGGAAAGAUUGGUUCUCCCAGCACUGCUGCGCCCCUGCUCAGCAGCCGCAGCCUCCCUGUAUGCCUGUGCUUGGUCUACUGAUAAGCCCUCUACAAAAAAACAAAAGUAUAUAUAUAUAUGUACAUAAUAUCAGAAUUAUAACAGGCAAAUAAAACCUGAAAAUCAA